CCGAACACAUUUUUUUUUCUUUUCCCUCUCUUUCUCUCCGUCACCUGCCAAGUACUUAAAAUUCUGUCAUUUCCAAGCGUAAAAAUUCCAUCGUAUAUUAGGAAAAGGAAAAAUUAGGAAUCAAAUAUCUUUCUUUCUCGAACGUCUUUGGCAAUUGGCACCAUCUGCUGUCUGCCAGAAACAUCUUACUUGUCAAAUACCUGGUUUUGAAGGGAAGGCCAAUUUUCUGCUCAUUGGAAUUGAUCUUUCUCUUGACGAGUCUGUGAUUCAGUACGGACUCUUAUUGUUUGCACAAAGAAUUCGAAUACCCAGAUCGCUAAACUUAUGUGCGUGUCACUAUUUUUAACUAUGAGAUGUUGGUGAGUGAGAUUUUGAUACAAAAGGAGAUUCUUCAAUAUUGGAUCAUUACCCAUUAGUAGAAUUUCAUUGAGUUUUCAAACUGAGAUGGCAGAGGAAGGGAAAGACUCCGCUGUUACACUCCGAAUCAACCCGUCUCGGGUUUUGCCUUUGAGACUCCUCCAGUUUUUCUUGGUGUUUUUGGCUCUAGGUCUUGGGGUUUCGGUUUUCAGUAUGUAUACGACUAAGUAUUAUAAAGUUCAGAAUGUGCCUCCAAUUACACAGUCUGUAACAGCAGAGUCGGUAACCAAGCCUUGCUUUGAAGAGCCGAGUAGUUUUGAAGGUUGGAUCCGGCCUCCUACAAAGCUAUUGCAUACCAUGAAUGAUUCGGAGCUAUUUUGGAGGGCUUCACUUGUGCCAAGAAUUAAGCAUUAUCCGUUUAAGAGAAUUCCCAAGAUUGCUUUCAUGUUUUUGACGAAAGGACCAUUGCCUUUGGCGCCACUUUGGGAGCGGUUCUUUAAGGGUCACGAAGGGCUCUACUCGAUCUACAUCCAUUCUAUGCCUUCUUAUGAGGCCGAUUUUCCACCCUCAUCGGUGUUCUACAGGAGACAAAUCCCAAGCCAGAUAGCCGAGUGGGGAAGGAUGAGCAUGUGUGAUGCCGAGAGGAGACUCCUAGCUAACGCAUUACUUGAUGUCUCAAAUGAAUGGUUCAUCCUCCUUUCCGAGUCAUGCAUUCCUCUAAGCAACUUCAGCAUUGUCUAUCGCUACAUAUCAAGGUCCCGCUAUAGCUUCUUGGGUUCAUUUGAUGAACCAGGACCUUAUGGAAGAGGACGCUAUAACAGAAACAUGGCACCCGAGGUCAACUUAACCGAUUGGCGCAAAGGGCCUCAGUGGUUUGAGAUCAAUCGUGUGCUUGCGGUCAAGAUAGUUGAGGAUGCAACCUACUACCCCAAGUUCGAAGAGUUCUGCAGACCAGCAUGUUAUGUGGAUGAACACUAUUUCCAGACAAUGCUUAGCAUCGAAACUCCGCAUCUUUUGGCUAAUAGAAGCCUUACUUAUGUGGACUGGUCAAGGGGUGGUGCUCACCCAGCUACUUUUGGUAAGGCUGAUAUCAGUAAGGAUUUCUUCAACAAGAUUGCUGAGAGUAAAACAUGCCUUUACAAUAAUCAGCCGACCACUCUUUGUUUCCUCUUUGCUAGAAAGUUUGCUCCGAGUGCUUUGGAACCUCUAUUAGAAUUAGCAUCUGAAGUUCUUGGAUUUUGAUGACAUUCAUGGUAUUCCUUUAUUUGGAGAGGUGCUGAUCAAAGCAUAGUAAAAUCUUAAUACGAGCUAACUUUGAAAUUAACAAUUAAAUCACAUUGAGUAUAGUGAAUAG